AUGGCAACUAGUCGAGAUGGUCGCAGUAGUUCUGCAUCAUCGCACAGCGGAUCAAACAUACCGGCGCACCGAUCGUCGAUCCGCACGCCCAAACGACAACGUUCAACAUUGAGCGGCUCAUACGAGGAAAAAAACGCGGAUCUACUCUGUCCGGUGUGUUACAAUUUAAUAGAGGAAGCGCACAUCACCAAGUGUGGUCACACUUAUUGCUUCAACUGCAUCACGCUCUCGAUCGAGAACAACAAACGCUGCCCGAAAUGCGACACGUCCAUCACGACGGACGACAUAUUUCCAAAUUUUCUGCUAAACGAUCUAAUCAAAAAGCACAAGUUGCGACAAAACGGCUACGAGUCUCUGGGUAUGACUCGGGACAGUUCGGGCGAGUUCGGCUCGUCCGCCGACGGUUUGCGGGAUUUCGUCGCGAGCGAGUCGCAAAAUUUAACACUGCCCGAUGUAAACGUCAUUUUGGAGGUUUUGACGCAGAGAAAACAACUGCUGGAGGCGGAAUCUUGCGCGGCCCAAAACAGAUUGCUGUUGGAAUUCCUGAAGCAUUUGUUGAAACAGAAGAAGGAAAGGCAAAGUCAAAUCGCCAGAGAAAUUGACAUAAUCGAGCAAGAUAUAGACGAGGUUAAUAUUAAGCUAAAAGAAGUACAUAGCAAGUGUCCUACACUGGAAGACGUUGAAAAAGCGGUGGCUUCUGCAUCCGAGAAUGAUGCCACUGUAAGUGCCAUGAAAAAAGAAAUGAUUGAUUUAAUAGAUACAAUCGGAACUUCUACAGGAAGAAAGGAAGAAGUGCCAAAUACCUCUGAAACGCCUUCCAAACACACCACCUCACUGGCCAUGCGUCGUAGGAGAAUGCACGCAUACUUCGAGGAUUUUGUCGAUUGCUACUUCAGCACACGUUCCAAGGACGUCUUUUUCGGAAAGGAUUGCGACAAAUCCACCAAGCCGGCGCUAGAAAUAAACUCGGGUUUAGACAGCUUCCGGGAGAGCUUGAUCAAAUUUUCUCGCUACAAUUCAUUGCGCGUCCUAGCCACUCUUAACUACUCCAGCGACCUUUUCAACAACUCGACCAUCGUGUCCAGCAUCGAGUUUGACAAAGACAAUGAGUUUUUCGCCAUAGCAGGCGUCACGAAGCGCAUCAAAGUGUUCGAUUACGGCGCGGUGGUAAAGGAUGUCGUCAACAUCCAUCAUCCCGUGGCCGAAAUGGUUUCGCGGUCCAAAAUAUCCUGCAUCAGCUGGCAUACGUACCACAAAAGUACCUUGGCUUCGAGCGACUACGAGGGUACGGUCACCAUUUGGGACGUGUCGACCAAGCAGCGCACCAAGACCUUUCAAGAGCAUGAGAAACGAUGUUGGAGCGUCGACUUCAACAACGUGGACACACGAUUAAUCGCUUCGGGUUCCGACGAUGCUCGAGUCAAGCUGUACUCUUUGAACGAGGAGCAUUCCGUCGCGACUCUCGAGGCCAAAGCGAAUGUGUGCUGCGUUAAAUUUAAUCCGAAGAGUCAGACGCAGUUGGCGUUUGGCAGUGCGGAUCACUGUGUUCAUUAUUACGACUUAAGAAACAUGAAAGAGGCUGUGGCCGUUUUUAAGGGUCACAAGAAAGCCGUUAGCUACGUGAAGUUCUUGAAUAGCGAGGACAUCGUGUCGGCUUCAACGGAUUCGCAACUAAAAAUGUGGAACGUUAAUACGCCCUAUUGUCUGAGAUCGUUUGUCGGCCACAUAAACGAGAAAAAUUUCGUUGGUUUGGCCACAGAUGGAGAUUACGUGGCUUGCGGUUCGGAAAAUAAUGCGUUGUAUAUCUACUAUAAGGGUUUGAGUAAAAAAUUGUUCAACUACAAAUUUGAGGGAGUCGAAGGAGUAUUGGAACCUGAUAAGCGGGAAGAUGACUUAAACGAAUUCGUUUCCGCUGUUUGUUGGAAACAAAAUUCGAAUGUUGUAGUUGCAGCUAAUAGUCGGGGCAUUAUUAAUAUUUUAGAGUUGGUUUAA